AUGGUUUCAGCUAAGGAUUAUGUGUGGGUCUAUGGCGUGAAACCCAGUCGCCAGGCGCUCGCAACCCUAGCGCUGUUUUGGCACUGUCCCGCAUUCCUCGUACGUCGCUCGAGAACAACUCUGUCUGCUUCGUCUGCUUCUUUAGAGCAGCUCGUUUUGUAUUUGCGUCUCCCGAUACCCCGUAAGAACCUGUCUACGGACUUGUACUGGGUCUCGUUCGUCACAGAAAUGACCCACCUCCAAGCAGUAUUCGAAGGCGCGCCGGAUGCAGUUUCCCUCACGCCUAUUAUUUGCGGCUUUCGCCUCGAUGAAGCGUUCCUCAGUUCCUCUCGGCCAGGACGCGAUACAAUGUCUCCUCGGCAAUGCGGGUUUCGGAACCUCUCGCGUCUGAGCACGCUCGUGUGCAAUUCUGUCACCUUGUUCGUCGGUUCCUCCCGAUACACCCAGAGGAGGCAAUCGUACCCCUUGUGUUUGUCACGCCCAACCAAAGAAGACGAGCAGUGGCUUGUCGACAAAGCAGGAUCUUUUGAAAAGUACUAUCGUUUCCCAGAGAUCUCCAACGUAGCCUUGUCGGCUUUAUGCAAUAAUAACCAUAAUGCACGACGAUCGACAGACGUACUGGAUGACUGCAAGACCCAGUUUUCGGACCUUUCCGUUUUGUGCCCAAUUCGUCCUCACGGACAUAUCCACUUAAGCUGGAUGGGCUGGUAG